GCCACUCACUCACUUACUCACUCAAGGGCUCCGACUGUCAUGGCGGUGACGGUCUGAAGCUACCACCUACCCGGGAGCAGCAACCAGGAAGCGAAAGCGACACAGCUGCGGCAGCACGGAGCCGAACGCCGUCCCUCGGCCAGCCGGGAUUGAGUGCACUUUCCCCGACAGAGGAGAAACCGCGAGCGGACGCCUUGUGUUUUUUCCGGCGGAGGAUAGGAAAAAACGGGCGGUUUGUGAGUUUGUCGCUACCUGUGUUGCACUCUCUGACAAUAGCAACUUCCGCCGGUUGUAAAGUGGCCCUUUAUCAAGCCUCCUCACCGGCUAGAGGAGACGGUAAGGGCUGCCUUCACCUUCCCCGUCUUCCUUCCUUCCCCCACCGUCUCGUCGGGCAGGAUUUAAUCCGCCUGUGAGCUAUCAAGUUACGGACUAAAGAAGAGGAGUUCGCGGACGCACUCCCACGGCGGAAGAACACACUUUGUACUUUUCCUGUUGGACUGACUUUAUUUGUCCCGAACGGGGAAGGACAUGCUUGUGUAAUGUGUCGGUAGACUGUCCGCAACUCGCCCAACCCACCCAGAGGGGAAUCGAAGUGGACCCCUCUCCCUCUCUCCUGCCUUGACUUGGAUUUGCGAGGAGAACAGGUGCAUUUACCUGCGGACGCCACCCGGGCCCCGCCUGAAGCAAUGGCGAGCGAGGAGACCUCUGGCCCGGACGCCACGCCGGCCAACCUGGCUCUCAACCCGGCCGUGCCCAUCAGGGGCAUCCGGAUGAAAUUCGCCGUGCUGGCCGGUCUGAUGGACGUCGGGGACGUGUCCAAUCGAGACAUCGUGGAGACCGCCUUCAACCUGCUGGUCGGCGGCCAGUUCGACUUGGAGAUGAACUUCAUCAUCCAGGAGCCUGAGAGCAUCGUGUGCAUGGUGGAGCUUUUGGACAAGUGUGAGCCCACCUGCCAGGCCGAGGUGUGGAGCAUCUUCACCGCCAUCCUCAAAAAGAGUGUCCGCAACCUGCAGGCGUGCACCGACGUAGGUCUCAUCCAGCUGGUGCUGCAACGCAUAUCGGCCACUGACAGCAUGAUCGCAGACCUGCUGGUGGACAUGCUGGGCGUGCUGGCCAGCUACAGCAUCACAGUCAAAGAGCUGAAGCUGUUCUUCAGCAAGCUGCAGGGGGAGAAAGGCCAGUGGCCUCGUCAUGCAGUGAAGCUCCUGUCGGUGUUGAAGAACAUGGCUCACAGGAACGGACCCGACUCCUUCUUCAGCUUUCCGGGGAAAAACGCUGCUGCCAUAGCUCUUCCACCCAUUGCUAAGUGGCCCUACCAGAACGGCUUUACCUUCCAUACGUGGCUCCGCAUGGACCCGCUCAACAACAUCAAUGUGGACAAGGACAAGCCCUACCUCUACUGCUUCCGUACCAGUAAAGGCCUGGGCUACUCGGCGCACUUUGUGGGCGGCUGCUUGAUUGUGACUUCCUUGAAGUCCAAGGGGAAAGGAUUCCAGCACUGUGUGAAGUUUGACUUCAAGCCUCAGAAGUGGUACAUGGUGACCCUGGUGCACGUCUACAACCGCUGGAAAAACAGUGAAAUUAGCUGCUACGUCAACGGAGAGCUGGCCUCCUUUGGGGAGAUUGCCUGGUUCGUCAACACCAGCGACACGUUUGACAAGUGCUUCCUGGGCUCGUCCGAGACGGCCGACGCCAACCGUGUCUUCUGUGGCCAGAUGGGGGCGGUCUACUUAUUUGGAGAGGGCCUCAAUGCCGCUCAGAUCCUGGCCAUCUACCAGCUGGGUCCAGGUUACCAGGGCACGUUCAAGUACAAGGCCGAGAGCGACUUGAUGUUCGCCGAGCACCACAAGACCCUGCUCUACGACGGCAAGCUGUCCUCCAGCAUCGCCUUUGCGUACAAUCCUUGCGCCACAGACGCCCAGCUCUGCCUGGAGUCCUCCCCCAAGGACAACGCCUCCAUUUUCAUCCAUUCCCCUCAUGCGCUCAUGCUGCAGGACGUGAAGGCGGUGGUGACCCACUCGGUCCAGAGCGGCAUCCAUUCCAUCGGGGGAGUGCAGGUCCUCUUCCCGCUUUUUGCCCAGCUGGAUUUCUGCCAGCCCUCCAGCCAGGAGUUGGACACCUCUGUCUGCUGCACUCUGCUCUCCUUCGUCAUGGAGCUGCUCAGGAACAGCGUGACCAUGCAAGAGCAGGUCCUGGCCUGCAAAGGCUUCCUGGUCAUCGGUUACACCUUGGAGAAGUCGUCCAAGGUCCACGUGACACGGCCCGUCCUGGACAUUGUGCUGGCCUUCUCCAGAUACCUCAGCAACUUGCAGAACGGCAUCCUGCUGCUCAAGCAGCUCUGUGACCACAUCCUCUUCAACCCCGCCCUCUGGAUCCAUGCCCCCGCCAAGGUUCAACUGACCCUGUACACGUACCUGGCCACAGAGUUCAUCAGCACCGUGACCAUCUACAACGCCAUCCGCAGGGUGGGCACCGUGCUGCAGGUCAUGCACACGCUCAAGUACUACUACUGGCUCAUCAACCCUCAGGAUCGCAGCGGCGUCGUGCCGAAAGGCCUUGAUGGACCGAGGCCGACCCAGAAGGAGAUGUUGUCUCUGCGAGCCUUUCUGCUGCUGUUUGUCAAGCAACUCAUCAUGAAGGACCACGGUGUGAAGGAAGACGAGCUGCAGAGCAUUCUCAGCUAUCUCCUCACCAUACAUGAGGAUGACAAUCUGAUGGAUGUUCUGCAGUUGUUGGUGGCACUGAUGUCUGAGCACCCUGGCUCCAUGGUGCAGGCCUUCGACCAACGCAACGGCAUUCGAGUCAUUUACAAGCUUUUGGCAUCCAAGAGCGAAGGGAUACGAGUGCAGACGCUAAAAGUCUUGGGCUACUUCCUGAAACAUUUGACACCAAAGAGGAAGUCUGAGGUCAUGCUGAGUCACAGCCUCUUCUCCCUGCUCACAGAACGCCUGACGCUCCACACGGGCCAGUUCUCCAUGACCACCUACAACGUGCUCUUUGAGAUUCUCACAGAGCAGAUCUGCACACAAGUCAUUCAUAAACAACAUCCAGACCCGGAUUCCACCGUGAAGAUCCUCAACCCGCAGAUUCUGAAGGUCACAGCUGCCUUGCUAAAGAGCUCCCCGCUGUCAGCCGAGAGCAUGGAGGUGCGUAAGGUGUUCUUGUCUGACAUGAUCAAGCUGUUCAACAACAGUAGAGAGAACCGCAGGAGCCUGCUGCAGUGUUCGGUGUGGCAGGAGUGGAUGCUGUCGCUGUGCUUCAUCAACCCCCGCAGCAGCGAGGAACAGAAAGUCACAGAGAUGGUGUACGCCGUCUUCCGUAUCCUGCUCUACCACGCCAUCAAGUAUGAGUGGGGCGGCUGGCGUGUUUGGGUGGACACCUUGUCCAUCACACACUCCAAGGUCACCUUCGAGCAGCACAAAGCCAGCCUGUCCCGCAUGUUCCGCCAGUACCAGCAUCAGGAGUCUGCCGGGUCUCUCGGCCCGGUCCGAACUGUCUCUGGGGUCAGCCAAUGCUCAGAGACCACAGUGUGCAUGAAUGGACAGUCUUCAGAAGGCCCGCCCCCGUCCACCGUCAUUGAACUCACAGUGGACGCGUCGUCGUCCGUGGCCGUGUCCAGCGUGGAGGAUGAAGCAGCAGCUGUGGUGGACGGACAGAAGGAGAACACAAACCAGCAGACAGCUGAUGACGAGCUGGAGAUGGAAAUAGACGCAAAGCAAAUACCCGAGUCCCAAGACCCUUCUAAAGAAGUGGACUCAGGGACUGAGGUGGUGUCCGCCUGUCUGGACGACGGCGAGGACUUGGUUGACGUGUCCUCCACUAGCGACCAGGUGGACAGCCAAGAGGAGUCCUCGUUUGCCCCGGCCGCUACCGAGGAGGAAGUGGGCGUGGCUUCUCAGGAGGGUGGGGAUAAUGAAGCAGAUCAAGGUAAUGACGGAAGUGAUGUGAAGAAGGAAGAUGAAGAAAGUGGUGACGAGGGUCAGAGAGCAGAGGCUCCAUCAGCUGACACCUUGGAAGAGCAAGUCACGGAGCUACCAACGGAAACGGCCCAGGAAGAGUCUGCACCCUCAGCCCAGCAGUCCACGGUGCCCCCUGCUGACCAGGAGGCGGCCUCUGCGUCAACAGCGCCGCCUUCACAUGAUGCUAGCACUGCUGCCCCUCGGGAGGAAGCUCCAUCCGGCGGCCCAGCAGCAAGCACUGCCCCUCACAAGACCAAGGAGAUCAAGAUAGCCCGGCUGGACGUGGCCAACGUGGCCUUGGACACGGAGAGGCUGGAACUGAAGGAGACGCCCACCGUGGAGAUGAGCCAAGGCCAAACGGCAGCCGCCGGGGGUUCCGCCGGCCCGCUGAGAGAGAGCGGGACCUCGGUGCCACGUUCCACCAUGUUCCGCAUCCCGGAAUUCCGCUGGUCCCCCAUGCACCAGCGCCUCCUCACAGACCUUCUAUUCGCCAUCGAGACAGACGUGCAAAUGUGGAGGAGCCACUCCAGCAAGACGGUCCUGGACUUUGUGAACAGCGGCGACAACGUGGUGUUCGUGCACAACAGCGUGCACCUCAUCUCCCAGGUGGUGGACAACUUGGUCAUGGCCUGUGGGGGCAUCCUGCCGCUGCUGUCCGCCGCCACCUCCUCCUCGCACGAGAUGGAGAUCACGGAGCCAUCGCAGGGCCUGACGCUGGAAGCCUCCAUCAGCUUCCUGCGGCGCCUGGUGGGCCUCAUGGACGUGCUGGUCUUCGCCAGUUCACUAAACUUCACUGAGAUCGAGGCGGAGAAAAACAUGUCAUCGGGCGGGAUCCUGCGACAGUGCCUCCGCCUCGUGUGCGCCAUGGCUGUGAGGAACUGUCUGGAGUGUCAGCAAGCUCACCUGAAGCACGGCAAGGACGCCUCCGCUCUCUGCAACGCAGCCGCAACAGCACAGAGUCCCGUUGAUGCAGUGACGGGCGGGAUGUCUCCUGUUCAAGACUUUGAGCGACUGCUCCAGGACAUGGACAUCAACCGCCUGCGGGCUGUCGUCUUCAGAGAUAUUGAGGACAGUAAGCAGGCUCAGUUUCUGGCUCUGGCUGUGGUCUAUUUCAUCUCUGUCCUCAUGGUGUCCAAGUACCGGGACAUCCUGGAGCCCCACGGUGACAAGAAACACGCUGAGACACCCAGGAGCACAGAUGGCGCUGGCCUUUCUGCCGGCCUGGUAGCAGAGAACGCCGUCUCCAUCCGCCGUUCCGAUUUCGGCAUCGGUGACGACCACACCUCCAUCGCCGCCAGCGAGGCUGAGCUCUCGUCAUCCGCGGUGGCCCGCGGCGGACCGGAUGCCGUCUCGGAGGCCCUGUCCACGCUGUCCUCGGAGGUCAAACCCGCCGCUGGCCACGGCGACGCCAAGGGCAAGAACGUGAAGGACAUCCUGCGCAGCCUUGUAGGCGGCCCGACCGAUGACCUCAUGGUGGACCCCAAUCUGCUGCCGCCAGCCUUUCUUGGCGGCGUGGGCGACAUCAGAAGAGACUCCCUGCAGAUCCGGUCAUUUGAUAGGAGCGUGGUCCUGGCGCCCAAGAAAACUGGCCUGACGUCUCAGGUUUCCACUACAGCCUCCCCCGCUCCCUCCAUGCCUGUGGGGAUGCCUGCUGACGGCGUGGCCGUGGUAUCUUCUGGAGAUGCGUCGCAGGGCAGCAGCGCCUCUGCAGAAGCAGGCGGCCAUGUUGAAGCUAGUGCUAGCUUGCCAUCUGUGGCCCAGCUCUCCCCUGUGAGCCAGCACACGCCCCCCAACAUGAGCAUCUCGGAGCGUCUGGAGCACGCCCUGGAGAAGGCAGCCCCCCUGCUGAGAGAGAUCUUUGUGGACUUUGCCCCCUUCCUCUCCCGUACGCUGUUGGGCAGCCACGGGCAAGAGCUCCUCAUCGAGGGCACCAGCUUGGUGUGCAUGAAGUCCAGCAGCUCGGUGGUGGAGCUCGUCAUGCUUCUGUGUUCACAGGAGUGGCAGAACUCCAUCCAGAAGAAUGCUGGUCUGGCGUUCAUCGAGCUGGUCAACGAAGGCAGACUGCUGAGUCACACCAUGAAGGACCACCUGGUCCGCGUGGCCAACGAAGCCGAGUUCAUCCUCAGUCGACAGAGGGCUGAAGACAUUCAUAAGCACGCUGACUUUGAGUCCAUCUGUGCCCAGUACGCGGCCGAGAAGAGGGACGAGGAGAAAAUGUGCGACCACCUGAUCCGUGCUGCCAAGUACCGAGACCACAUGACGGCCGUGCAGCUCAUCCAGAAGAUGGUCAACAUCCUGACGGACAAACACGGCGCCUGGGGCAGCUCCUCUAUCAGCCGACCCAGGGAGUUUUGGCGCCUGGACUACUGGGAGGACGACUUAAGACGGCGACAACGCUUCACCAGGAACCCCUUUGGAUCCACCCACUCGGAGGCGACGCUCAAAGCCGCCGCUGAGCACGUGGCUGCUGUCAGUGCCCCAGAAGAGGACGUGCUGAAAGGACAGCAGUCCAUCAAGAGCAGUCAGGUUCUGGCCAAUCAGAGCUCAGACAGCGACGCCUCGCUGGAUGCGGAUGACGACACGCUGUCGUCGUUGGAGGAUAAAGACCUGGAGAAUUUUACUGGCCCGGUCAACCUGAGCACCGGGGCCCAGCUGGUGGCUCCGGCCGUGGUGGUGAGAGGGACCCUGUCCAUCACCGCCUCCGAGGUCUACUUCGAGGUGGACGAGGACGAGCCCGGCUUCAAGGCCACGGACCCCAAGAUAUUGGCGUACACAGAAGGUCUUCAUGGAAAGUGGCUGUUCACAGAGAUCCGGGCUAUCUUCUCCAGGCGCUACCUUCUGCAGAACACCGCCUUGGAGAUCUUCAUGGCCAACAGAACUGCCGUCAUGUUCAACUUCCCCGAGGCCGCCACUGUCAAGAAGGUGGUCCACAGUCUUCCCCGUGUUGGCGUCGGAACCAACUUUGGCCUUCCGCAGACCAGGCGUAUCUCUCUGGCCACGCCAAAGCAGCUGUUCAAGGCCUCCAACAUGACUCAACGUUGGCAACGUCGUGAAAUCUCCAACUUUGAGUAUCUCAUCUUUCUCAACACCAUCUCCGGUAGGACCUUUAACGACCUGAACCAGUACCCGGUCUUCCCCUGGGUCAUCACCAACUAUGAAGCGGAUGAACUUGACCUAACGCUGCCCAGCAACUUCAGAGAUCUGUCCAAGCCCGUUGGCGCUCUGAACCCUAAGCGGGCCGCCUUCUUCUCGGACCGCUACGACUCGUGGGACGACGACCAGGUGCCCAAGUUCCACUACGGCACCCACUACUCCACCUCCAGCUUCACGCUCAUGUGGCUGCUGCGCAUCGAGCCCUUCACAACGUUCUUCCUCAACUUCCAAGGAGGGAAGUUCGACCACGCUGACCGCACCUUCUCCUCAGUGUCUCGAGCCUGGAGGAACUGCCAGAGAGACACAUCUGAUGUCAAGGAGCUGAUCCCAGAGUUCUACUACCUCCCUGAGAUGUUUGCCAACGCCAACACCUACAACCUGGGCGUGAUGGAGGAUGGUACCGUGGUCUCCGACGUGGAGCUGCCACCCUGGGCCAAGACCCCCGAGGAGUUUGUGCGACUCAAUCGGCAGGCUCUGGAGAGUGAGUUUGUGUCCUGCCAGCUCCACCAGUGGAUCGAUCUGAUCUUUGGCUACAAGCAGCAGGGGCCCGAGGCCACGAGAGCACUCAACGUAUUCUACUAUCUCACCUAUGAGGGCACCGUCAAUCUGAACUCCAUCAGCGACCCCAUGCUGAGAGAGGCUGUGGAGUCUCAAAUCCGAAGUUUUGGCCAGACCCCAUGCCAGCUCCUCAUCGAGCCGCACCCACCUCGAAGCUCAGCGAUGCAAGUGUAUCUUCUCCUGCAGACGCCGCUGAUGUUCACGGAGCAGAUGCAGCAGGACGUCAUCAUGGUGCUCAAGUUCCCAUCCAACUCUCCUGUCACUCACGUGGCCGCCAACACGCAGCCGGGCCUGACGGCGGCCGCCGUCGUCACCGUCACAGCUAGCCGCGUCUUUGCCGUGAACAAGUGGCACGGCCUGUCAGGUCAUCCCAGCUCAGCUGUGCAGGACCAACAGUACCAGCUUCCCGUGGAGAUCGACCCCCUCAUUGCCAGCAACAUAGGAAGUCACCGGCGGCAGAUCUCGGACCUUCUGGACCAGAGCAUUCAGAUCAGCUCGCAGUGUUUCAUGGUGACGGCCGACAAUCGCUUCAUCCUGCUCUGUGGCUUCUGGGAUAAAAGCUUCAGGAUCUAUUCCACAGACACAGGCAAACUGACUCAGAUUGUCUUCGGGCAUCGCAACGUGGUGACAUGUCUGGCUCGCUCUGAGCCACACAUCGGAGGUGACUGCUACGUCCUGUCAGGCUCCAGAGAUGCCACCCUGCUGCUGUGGUACUGGAAUGGCAAGCUCAACAGCAUUGGAGACAGCCCGGGAACAGAGUUCAUCACACCUCGAGCCAUCCUGACGGGUCACGACUGCGAGGUGACGUGCGCCAACGUGUGCGCUGAGUUAGGCCUGGUCAUCAGUGGCUGCAAAGAGGGUCUGUGCCUGAUCCACACCAUGAACGGGGACCUGCUGCGCACCCUGGAGGGCCCCGAGUCCUGCACACGGCCCCGCCUCAUCCAGGCAUCCACGGAAGGACACUGUGUGGUCUACUAUGAGAAGGGACAUUUUGCUGUCUUCAGCAUCAACGGCAAGCUGCUGCGCCACAUGCAGGUGGAGGACAGCAUCAAGGCGAUGCUGCUGAGCCGUGAUGGCCAGUAUCUGUUGACGGGCGGCGACGGAGGUGUCAUCUCGGUGCUGCAGGUGCACGACCUCCGGCGGAUGUUCACAUAUCCUGGCUGCGAUGCCGGUAUACGCUCCAUGGCCAUGUCACAUGACCAAAGGUGCAUCAUCACAGGCAUGGCGUCGGGCAGCAUUGUGCUCUUCUACAACGACUUCAACAGGUGGCACCACGAGUACCAGACCAGGUACUGAGCCAGGAACAGGGACAGGUUCUGAUGGUCGACGGGGCAAACUGUGGCUCAGCAAUGUUGAACUUCCUCCUGGCACCGCUUUGGAAUCCACACCGACCAACGUACACACAGAAGAAGUUAUUUUUUGAAGGGCAGAAGAAAAGCCACAGAUCUUUUCUAUAAGACCAUGAAGAAAGCUUUCUAUCUUUUGGGGCUAUUUGUGCUUUAAAAUUCUAUUUUUAGCUGUAAGAGUCUAUUUUCUUCUCCACUUGAUGAUCCAAAUGUUUGUCUAGAAGGCUGAAUGUUUGAUCGGCGUUUCAUAAUAUAGUCAUGUGGCUAGAAAGGCUUAAUAUGUUUUCAAAAAAAAAAUUUAAAAACUUUGUUCCUUAUCUUCUUCUAAGUUCCUGCACCACCUACACUUAGCUUUCUUUUUUUUCUUUUGUUGGGAACAGUCUAAAAUGCGUCCUCUCCUUCAGCAGCUGCUGACAACCGAGAUCAGGAAGGACUUCCGGAAGUUGUAUGUCACAUGAUCACACUUUCUUCUCUAAUUGGGGAAAAAGUUCCUUUGACCUUUUAUGAAGUUAGCGUCUGCAGCCAACAGAUAAAUGGACAAUGUUUGCUUUUUUCCAGAUUAAAUGGAAUUUUCUAAUGUG